AUGGCAAACCGGGCAACCAAGCUCUCCUUGGCGGGCGCCGCGGCAGGUGGCCUGGCCCUCCUCAACACAGCCUCGGACGCCUUCGUGGCCCCAAGCCACGCCUCUCAGCCGAGCCUCCGGGGAACAGCUGCACCGCAGGCGCAGGCCCAGCAGACCUCCUCCGCACCCUCCGCGCUCUCCGCGCUCGCCGUGGGGGGCGCCGCGGCCGCGGUCGCAGCGGCAGCACGUCCAGGUCGUCAGAACAGGAGCACCCCACUGCCUACGACAGUGGUGGCCAACAAGGAGAGCAGGGUCGCGCGCCGAGCCCUUGAUCAGUCCAGCCGCUAUGCCGACCUGUCCCUGGACGAGGCGACCUUGAUCAAGAACGGCAAGCACGUGCUGGUGGCGUACAUCAUGAAGCCGAAGGCAGGGUACGACUACCUGGCCACCGCCGCCCACUUCGCAGCCGAGUCCUCCACGGGAACCAAUGUGAACGUGUGCACCACGGACGACUUCACGAAGUCCGUGGAUGCCCUGGUGUACUACAUCGACCCCGACAGCGAGGAGAUGAAGAUCGCCUACCCCAACCUGUUGUUCGACCGCAACAUCAUCGAUGGCCGCGCCAUGAUGUGCUCCUUCCUGACCCUGUCCAUCGGCAACAACCAGGGUUGGGGACUCAGUGUGGGUAUGGGUGACGUCGAGUACGGCAAGAUCUACGACUUCUACCUGCCCCCUGAGUUCCUCCGCCUGUACGACGGCCCGGCCGUGAACGUGGAGGACAUGUGGCGCAUCCUGGGCAAGGGCACCAGCAACGGUGGCCUCGUGGUGGGCACCAUCAUCAAGCCCAAGCUCGGCCUGCAGCCCAAGCCAUUCGGCGAGGCCUGCUACGCGUUCUGGCAGGGUGGCGACUUCAUCAAGAACGAUGAGCCCCAGGGCAACCAGGUGUUCUGCCAGAUGAACGAGGUCAUCCCAGAGGUUGUGAAGGCCAUGAGGGCGUGCAUCAAGGAGACCGGCGUGGGCAAGCUCUUCUCUGCCAACAUCACCGCGGAUGAUCCCAACGAGAUGAUUGCCCGCGGCAAGUACUGUCUGUCCCAGUUCGGUCCUCUGUCCGAGAACUGCGCGUUCUUGGUGGAUGGAUACGUGGCCGGAGGCACGGCCGUGACCUGCGCCCGCCGCAACUUCCCAGGACAGUUCCUGCACUACCACCGUGCCGGACAUGGAUCCGUGACCAGCCCCCAGACCCAGCGUGGUUACACCGCCUUCGUGCACACCAAGAUCUCCCGAGUCAUCGGUGCGUCCGGCAUCCACACCGGAACCAUGAGCUUCGGCAAGAUGGAGGGCGAUGCCUCAGACAAGAACAUCGCCUUCAUGCUGCAGGACGACGCGGCCGAUGGCCCCUACUACCACCAGCCAUGGGAGGGCAUGAAGCAGACCACUCCCAUCAUCUCCGGCGGCAUGAACGCCCUGCGCCUGCCGGCCUUCUUCGAGAACCUUGGACACUCCAACGUGAUCCUGACCGCCGGCGGUGGCUCUUUCGGCCACAAGGAUGGCCCCAAGCCGGGCGCCGUCUCCUGCCGACAGGGUGAGGAGGCCUGGAAGGCCUGGAAGUCCGGACAGUACGGCAACAUCAGCCUGAGCGAUGGCGUGAUCGAGUUCGCCAAGACCCACGAGGAGAUCAAGGGUGCCUUCCUCACCUUCCAGAAGGAUGCGGACCAGAUCUACCCUGGCUGGAAGGAGAAGCUCGGCUACACCGGCGAGUCGUCCGUGCAGGCGGCCAGCUUCGACUGGGCCAAGAAGGCCUCCGCCGCCGCCUUCGUGGGUGCCAGCGUGGCCCCUGCCAAGAAGGAGAGCAGCAUCUCGCGCAAGGCCCUUGAUCAGUCCAGCCGCUAUGCGGACCUGUCCCUGGAUGAGGCGACUCUCAUCAAGAGACCCAGCUGCAGGAACGGCAAGCACGUGCUGGUGGCGUACAUCAUGAAGCCGAAGGCAGGGUACGACUACCUGGCCACCGCCGCCCACUUCGCAGCCGAGUCCUCCACGGGAACCAACGUGAACGUGUGCACCACGGACGACUUCACGAAGUCCGUGGAUGCCCUGGUGUACUACAUCGACCCCGACAGCGAGGAGAUGAAGAUCGCCUACCCCAACCUGUUGUUCGACCGCAACAUCAUCGAUGGCCGCGCCAUGAUGUGCUCCUUCCUGACCCUGUCCAUCGGCAACAACCAGGGUUGGGGACUCAGUGUGGGUAUGGGUGACGUCGAGUACGGUAAGAUCUACGACUUCUACCUGCCCCCUGAGUUCCUCCGCCUGUACGACGGCCCGGCCGUGAACGUGGAGGACAUGUGGCGCAUCCUGGGCAAGGGCACCAGCAACGGUGGCCUUGUGGUGGGCACCAUCAUCAAGCCCAAGCUCGGCCUGCAGCCCAAGCCAUUCGGCGAGGCCUGCUACGCGUUCUGGCAGGGCGGCGACUUCAUCAAGAACGAUGAGCCCCAGGGCAACCAGGUGUUCUGCCAGAUGAACGAGGUCAUCCCAGAGGUUGUGAAGGCCAUGAGGGCGUGCAUCAAGGAGACCGGCGUGGGCAAGCUCUUCUCUGCCAACAUCACCGCGGAUGAUCCCAACGAGAUGAUUGCCCGCGGCAAGUACUGUCUGUCCCAGUUCGGUCCUCUGUCCGAGAACUGCGCGUUCUUGGUGGAUGGAUACGUGGCUGGAGGCACGGCCGUGACCUGCGCCCGCCGCAACUUCCCAGGACAGUUCCUGCACUACCACCGUGCCGGACAUGGAUCCGUGACCAGCCCCCAGACCCAGCGUGGUUACACCGCCUUCGUGCACACCAAGAUCUCCCGAGUCAUCGGUGCGUCCGGCAUCCACACCGGAACCAUGAGCUUCGGCAAGAUGGAGGGCGAUGCCUCGGACAAGAACAUCGCCUUCAUGCUGCAGGACGACGCGGCUGAUGGCCCCUACUACCACCAGCCGUGGGAGGGCAUGAAGCAGACCACUCCCAUCAUCUCCGGCGGCAUGAACGCCCUGCGCCUGCCGGCCUUCUUCGAGAACCUGGGACAUUCCAACGUGAUCCUGACCGCCGGCGGUGGCUCUUUCGGCCACAAGGAUGGCCCCAAGCCGGGCGCCGUCUCCUGCCGCCAGGGUGAGGAGGCCUGGAAGGCCUGGAAGUCCGGACAGUACGGCAACAUCAGCCUGAGCGAUGGCGUGAUCGAGUUCGCCAAGACCCACGAGGAGAUCAAGGGUGCCUUCCUCACCUUCCAGAAGGAUGCGGACCAGAUCUACCCGGGCUGGAAGGAGAAGCUCGGCUACACCGGCGAGUCGUCCGUGCAGGCGGCCAGCUUCGACUGGGCCAAGAAGGCCUCCGCCGCCGCCUUCGUGGGUGCCAGCGUGGCCCCUGCCAAGAAGGAGAGCAGCAUCUCGCGCAAGGCCCUGGACCAGUCCAGCCGCUAUGCGGACCUGUCGUUGGACGAGGCGACCCUCAUCAAGAAUGGCAAGCACGUGCUGGUGGCGUACAUCAUGAAGCCGAAGGCCGGGUACGACUACCUGGCCACCGCCGCCCACUUCGCCGCCGAGUCCUCCACGGGCACCAACGUGAACGUGUGCACCACGGACGACUUCACGAAGUCCGUGGAUGCCCUGGUGUACUACAUCGACCCCGACAGCGAGGAGAUGAAGAUCGCCUACCCCAACCUGUUGUUCGACCGCAACAUCAUCGAUGGCCGCGCCAUGAUGUGCUCCUUCCUGACCUUGUCCAUCGGCAACAACCAGGGUAUGGGUGACGUCGAGUACGGCAAGAUCUACGACUUCUACCUGCCCCCUGAGUUCCUCCGCCUGUACGAUGGCCCGGCCGUGAACGUGGAGGACAUGUGGCGCAUCCUGGGCAAGGGCACCAGCAACGGUGGCCUCGUGGUGGGCACCAUCAUCAAGCCCAAGCUCGGCCUGCAGCCCAAGCCAUUCGGCGAGGCCUGCUACGCGUUCUGGCAGGGCGGCGACUUCAUCAAGAACGAUGAGCCCCAGGGCAACCAGGUGUUCUGCCAGAUGAACGAGGUCAUCCCAGAGGUUGUGAAGGCCAUGAGGGCCUGCAUCAAGGAGACCGGCGUGGGCAAGCUCUUCUCUGCCAACAUCACCGCGGAUGAUCCCAACGAGAUGAUUGCCCGCGGCAAGUACUGUCUGUCCCAGUUCGGACCUCUGUCCGAGAACUGCGCGUUCUUGGUGGACGGCUACGUGGCUGGAGGCACGGCCGUGACCUGCGCCCGCCGCAACUUCCCAGGACAGUUCCUGCACUACCACCGUGCCGGACAUGGAUCCGUGACCAGCCCCCAGACCCAGCGUGGUUACACCGCCUUCGUGCACACCAAGAUCUCCCGAGUCAUCGGUGCGUCCGGCAUCCACACCGGAACCAUGAGCUUCGGCAAGAUGGAGGGCGAUGCCUCGGACAAGAACAUCGCCUUCAUGCUGCAGGACGACGCGGCCGAUGGCCCCUACUACCACCAGCCUUGGGAGGGCAUGAAGCAGACGACUCCCAUCAUCUCCGGCGGCAUGAACGCCCUGCGCCUGCCGGCCUUCUUCGAGAACCUGGGACAUUCCAACGUGAUCCUGACCGCCGGCGGUGGCUCUUUCGGCCACAAGGAUGGCCCCAAGCCGGGCGCCGUCUCCUGCCGCCAGGGUGAGGAGGCCUGGAAGGCCUGGAAGUCCGGACAGUACGGCAACAUCAGCCUGAGCGAUGGCGUGAUCGAGUUCGCCAAGACCCACGAGGAGAUCAAGGGUGCCUUCCUCACCUUCCAGAAGGAUGCGGACCAGAUCUACCCCGGCUGGAAGGAGAAGCUCGGCUACACCGGCGAGUCGUCCGUGCAGGCGGCCAGCUUCGACUGGGCCAAGAAGGCAUAG